AUGCAUCAGCUCAAGAUGGUGGCAGACCAGCGCCGAGAUAGACCAAAGCUUAAACUUGAUGACUUUCAUCUCUUGCGAACACUUGGAACUGGAUCAUUUGGUCGAGUGCAUUUAGCACAGUCAAGACACAAUGGUAGAUUCUAUGCUAUCAAGGUUUUAAAAAAAACCGAAGUGGUUCGACUCAAACAAGUCGAACACACCAACAACGAAAAGCAUAUUCUUGAGUCAGUAGCCAACCCAUUUCUGGUCAAUUUGUGGGGUACUUUCCAAGACGAUAAAUGCCUUUAUAUGGUAAUGGAUUACGUUCCAGGAGGUGAACUCUUUAGUGUGUUAAGGAAAAGCAAGAGAUUCCCAGACCAUGUAGCCAGAUUCUACGCAGCAGAGGUUGUACUGGCGAUUGAAUACUUGCAUUCAAAGGAUAUUGCUUAUCGAGAUCUAAAACCUGAGAAUCUAUUGUUGGAUGCUGCUGGACAUAUUAAGAUCACAGAUUUUGGAUUUGCAAAAAAAGUUACAGAGAUUACAUGGACUCUGUGCGGCACACCGGAUUAUCUUGCCCCCGAAGUCAUUCAAUCCAAAGGCUACAGUAAAUCCGUUGACUGGUGGAGUCUAGGAGUUUUAAUAUUCGAAAUGCUUGCUGGUUACCCACCAUUUUACGACGAUGAUCAUUUAAAAUUGUACGAAAAGAUUAUUCAAGGAAAAAUUCACUGGCCAAGUUACUUUGAUCCACACGCCAAAGAUCUAACGAAGCGUCUUCUCACAUCUGAUUUGUCCCGUCGCUAUGGUAACCUCAAGAACGGAGCACAGGACAUCAAGAAUCAUGCGUGGUUCUUAGGCGUUGAUUUCGAUCGUGUGGCACUUCGCCAGAUCAGACCACCAUUCGUUCCAAACAUUCGCAGUGAUGGCGAUGCCAGUCAUUUUGAUAAAUAUCCAGAGAAUACUGAAGAGUAUGGUGUAGCAGGUCCAGAUCCUUAUAGAGACAUGUUCCCCGACUUUUAG